CUAACUUAUCUAGACGUAGACUACUUUCCUAAGAUAAGUAAAUAAUCAAGAUUAUUUUUGUACGAAAAAAUAGCUAUAUAUAUAUUAGAAUUACCGUGCCCUUUCUUUCACUUUUCAAUUCUUCCUCAUACACUACCUCAAAAUAUUCAACCCCUCGCUAAACCUUCACGAGUAGCUAAUUCUCUUGAGUCUUGAUCUCUCCGAUCCUCUCAUGGCUUCUUCGAGCGAACGUUACAACAUCAUCUACCUCGCUAAGCUAGCCGCCCAAGCCGAACGCUAUGAUGAUAUGAUCGAUGCAAUGAAGAAAUUGGUGAAGUUUAACAUUGAUUUAACUGCUGAAGAGCGUAAUCUCCUUUCAACAGCGUACAAGAAAGUUACCGAGCCAAAGAGAGAAUCAUGGAAACUUCUCUCAACAACUGAACAGAAGGAAGAUACAAUAUACAAAAAUGAGACGUACAUGAAGUGUAUUCAAGAUUAUCGUAAUAUAGUCGAGUCGGACCUUGCUAACAUUUGCUACGACGUUAUAACUCUAAUUGAUGAUCAUCUCCUUCCUUUUGCGUCUAGCACUGAAUCCUCCGUCUUCUACUUAAAGAUGAAAGCAGAUCAUUACCGAUAUAUGGCCGAAAUCAAAACUGGUGAUGCAAAAUCAUUAGUGGCGGAAGAGUCUUUAAAAACAUAUAAGGAAGCAAUGGCCGUAGCAAUGGUUCAAUUUUCACCUAUACAUCCAACACGCUUAGGCUUGGCAUUAAAUUUUGCCGUUUUCUACUACGAGGUUUCAAAUUCUUAUCAAAGGGCAUAUCAGUUGGCGAAGGAAGCUUUUGAAGAGGCUAUGUUAGCGUUGGAUGAUUUAGGCGGCAAGGAUUCCUCGAAAGACAGCAAGGUUAUCCUGAAUCUUUUGAGGGAUAACCUUACACUAUGGAAGGCGGAGAAUGAUGAAAGGAACCUUUGAAACAUUCACUUCGUAUUACAGUAGCUUGAGAAAAAUGCAUGAAAGGAACAUGACAAACAUUCAAUUUAUAUUACAAUAGCUUGAGAAUAGUAGAUGAAAGGAACAUUAAAACAUUCAAUUUGUAUUACAAUAUAUAGCUUAGUUUGAGAAAGAAUAUUGAGAAUACUAUCUUAAACA